AGAGCAAUUUGAGCCUAGUAAAGUUGCCGGGGAGCUCUUAGUUUCAAUCUGUUUUCCUUUCUUGUUCCCGCGUCCAAUGUCCCAUUCAAGAGCCAAAUCGAUCAACCUUUUCCGCCAUUGCAGCAAUCCCCUGCAAUCCCAUCACCAGCCGUAUCACACUUUCCGCCCCAACAAACCCAAGACCACGAACCCUCGCCGCCGCGAACGACUUCACAGAGACACCACCAAGCUCCGCAAGCCGAUACCUUUCGUCUCCGAUGUCAAAGAAAUUCAAGACCCAGAAGAAGCCUUCUUACUCUGCUCUUCUCUAAAAGCUCGCUCGCAGCCGGAAUUUCGACGCCGUCUACGCUGUUCUCGGCCACGUCCAAGAUCGAAACAUUCAUUGUAAAGAUACCCUUUUCAUUGCUCUGAUUCGACAUCAUGGGAAAGCCGAUUUGGUAGACAAAGCAGUUGUUUUUCAUCAAAUGCCUUCUUUUAACUGUGUCCGUACGUUGCAGUGCUUCAAUGAGCUCCUUAAUGUGCUUGUUGAUUGUGGUAGGUUUUCCGAUGCGGGUGAGAUAUUUGCGAGGUGUUCUAAAUUGGGUUUUCGUCCGAAUUCGAUUUCGUAUAAUAUAAUGAUCAAAGGUUGGCUUCAGAAGGGUGAGUGGGAAUAAGCAUGCAAGGUGUUUGAUGAAAUGCUUGACAAAAAAGUGCAAUCUAGUGUUGUGACGUAUAAUAGUCUUAUAGGGUUUUUUGGUAGAAAGGGUGAGUUGGAGAAAGCUAGUGGUUUGUUUGAGGACAUGAGACAGAAAGGGAAAUACCCGAAUGCGGUGACAUAUGCAUUAUUGAUGGAAGGUUUGUGCUUGGUUGGACAGCAUGAUGAAGCGAAGAAGAUGAUGUUUGAUAUGGAGUAUCGAGGAUGUAAACCACGGCUUGUGAAUUAUGGUGUAUUGAUGACUGAUCUUGGAAAGAGAGGGAAGAUUGAGGAGGCAAAGUCUUUCCUUCAAGAGAUGAAGAAGAGACGGUUUAAGCCAAAUGUUGUCAUUUAUAACAUAUUGAUUAACUUUCUGUGCAAGGAAGGCAGGGCUACAGAGGCUUACAAAGUCUUGGUUGAAAUGCAAGUUGGAGGCUGUGAGCCGAAUGCAGCUUCAUACAGGAUGAUGGUUGAUGGGUUUUGUCAUACUGAAGAUUUUGAGGGAGGUUUGAAGGUUUUGACUGCAAUGUUGGCUAGUAGACAUUGUCCUCGUUUAGAUACAUUUGAAUGUUUAGUUACGGGCCUAUUAAAGUGUGGGCAGAUCAAUGAUGCUUUUGUAUUGGAGGAGAUGGAAAAGAGAAAUAUGCAAUUUCAUUUGGAAGCUUGGGAAGCUCUAGUUGUGGGUGCUUGUGGUGAGGAUAUUGUUGCAGGUGACGUUGCAACUGAUCUAGGCUCUGCACAUUAAUAGUUAUCAGGGAAGAGAUGAUCACACAGCAUUUGGAAGCUUGGGAUGCUCUAGUUGUGGGUGCUUGUGGUGAGGAUAUUGUUGCAGGUGAUGUUGCGACUGAACUAGGCUCUGCCCAUUAAUGGUCAUCAGGGAAGAGAUGAUCACACGGCAUUUUGUCAUGACUUCUGUAGCUGUUUCCACAAGAGGGUCACACUGCCGCUUGGCCCUCAUAGAGCAAGUGGAAUGGUGGAUUUUGGGUCAUGGGGGGCUUCUGAUGAGAUUUUUUUUCUGUGGUCUUAGGCACUUGAAGCUCUAUUCUGUGAUACUUCAUACUUGUGAGAAAACAGUGGUUAGGUUUGCAUGUAAAACAACUAAGCUAUGCGCAUUGUGCACUCAUGCGGCUUCAGGGAGAAGAGGAGUUUAUGAAUCGAAACAUUCAUCAAUACUAUGGAUUGUUAUUGCCAACUCAAUGUCUCAGGAAGCUCACUAUGCUUGUUCGAGGUCAAGUAGGCAUGUAAACUGAGCUAAUCUAUGACCACUGUAGGGUUCAGGGAAGAGACGGAAGUUUUGCGCAAGAGUCGAAUCGUCGAUAGGAAGUCAAGUUUCUGGGGGAUGCUCUAGUUGAUGAUGCUUGUGGUGCAAACAGAGGUUUUUGUCAUUUAUGUUAUUUUAUUUGUUGACACCAGCUCUAAAGGUCGCACUUGGUGCGAUGGCAAGUGCCUUCGCCCAUGAGCGGUAGAUCUCGGGUUCGAGAUUUGGGAGCAGCCUCUCCAUAAUUGGGGGUAAGGCUAGCCGACAUUCACCUCUUUCAGACCCUGCGUAAAGCGGGAGCCUUGUGCACUGGGUACAACCUUUAUUUGUUGACACCAGCUCUAUUUAAUUUUCAGUGGAAAAUAUAAGGCGUGAGCAAAGCCUCACAUAACUUAUAAUUAUUA